AUGAAAGAAACUCUUACUGCCCUGAAGGUUCCCCCUGACGCGCCGGCCAGCCUGCUCGCAGACUCGGCGGUGCCCCAGCAGCUGCUUCUCCGGAAGCUUUUGUUGCUCUCACGAGACACCACGGGCAGCGCCGCCAUGUCCAUAUACCCAUCGUUGCCAAGCGACACCUGGCGAUGGACACGGAGGUUCGCGGGAGGAACCUCUGCAGAUGGCGAUAAGGAUACGAACAACGUGGCCACUGCCUACGCCCUCAGGGCCGCUCCACUUCCGGGCCGGGAGGGGCCUCCAAGCGAACCAGACCGGCCUCGCCCCUCCCCGUGGCUCCGCCCCGACUUUGAUCAGACACGUGGCCCCCAGGGCCUGGGAGGGGCCCGGGGAGGUUCUGGGGGUGGCGGCAGUGGUGUGGCCACGUCGCCAGCCCCCAGGCCGGCCCGGCAUGAGCUCCGGGUCGCCCUGCGGCUACGGACACUCCAGCGACACCUGGGCUCCCCGGAGCCUGCGCGGCAGCUCCUCACCCAGGGCCCAGGGGCAGUUUGGGACUUUGUCCCCGGGGCUGUUUACACCAAGUCCGCUGCCCCACAGCAGCGGGUGUGGACACAAGACAGCAUGGCUGCCCCUCUUGUGGCCCAGGGCAGAGGUAUGGAGCCGGGCAGCAGCCCGCGGACCACGCACGUACUGGACACUGCCUCAGGGCUGCCGGCCCAGGGCCUCCGCCUCCGCCUGUCCAGGCUCGAGGACCAUGGCCAGCAGUGGACCGAGCUGCGGAAAAGCUACACGGACCCUGCCGGCCGCUGCCCUGGGCUCCUGCUGCCCGGCCAGAUGCAGGCGGGCACCUACAAGCUGUCCUUCGACACUGAGGGCUACUGGCAGAAGAGGGGCCGGCAGAGCUUCUACCCGUACGUGGAGGUCGUUUUCACCAUCACAAACGAGACCCACAAGUUCCACGUACCGCUGCUGCUGAGCCCGUGGUCUUACACCACGUACCAAGGGAGCUAG